AUGAGCAAGCGCGCGCUCGCCUCCGGCGGCGGCGACGACAAGCCGAAGAAGCUCUGGGGCGGCGCCUUCGGCGUGGCCACGGACCCCAUGAUGGAGGUCUUCAACAACAGCCUGCCCUUCGACAAGAAGCUCUGGGCCGCCGACGUCUGCGGGUCCCAGGCCUACGCCAAGGCCCUCGAGCGCUGCGGCCAGCUCGACGCGGCGCAGGCCGCGGACAUGGCCCGGGGCCUGAGCCUCACGCGCGCGGAGUGGGCCGCGGGCGCGUUCGAGGAGGUCGACGGCGACGAGGACAUCCACACGGCCAACGAGCGGCGCCUCGGCGAGCACAUCGGCGGCGACACGGCGGGGCGGCUCCACACGGGCCGCAGCCGCAACGACCAGGUCGCGACGGACCUGCGGCUCUGGCUCCGCGCGGAGGUCUACGGGCUCCGCGCGGACCUCCGGGCGCUCAUCGAGGCCGCGCGCGACGUCGCGGCGCGCGACGAGAGCGUCGACGCGCUCAUGCCGGGCUACACGCACCUCCAGCGGGCCCAGCCCAUCCGCUUCAGCCACUGGACGCUGAGCCACGCGUGGGCGUGGACGCGCGACUUGGAGCGGCUCGACGGCGUCUUCGAGCGGUCGGACCGGUGCCCGCUGGGCUCGGGCGCGCUCGCGGGCCACCCCUUCUUCGGGCCCGGGGACCGCGACCUCCUCGCUGCGGACCUCAAGUUCGGCGGCGGGCCGACGCCGAACUCCGUCGACUCCGUGUCGGACCGCGAUUUCGCGAUCGAGUUCUGCCAAUGGGCGGCGCUCACGGGCGUCCACCUGAGCCGCUGGGCGGAGGACUUGAUCGUCUACGGCACGCGCGAGUUCGCCUUCGUCAAGUUCGGCGAGGCCUACUCCACGGGGUCGUCGCUCAUGCCGCAGAAGCGGAAUCCCGACGCGCUGGAGCUCCUCCGGGGCAAGUCCGCGCGGCUCAUGGGCCACCAGGCGGCGCUGACGGCGCUCCUCGCGUCGACGCCGGCGGCCUACAACAAGGACCUGCAGGAGGACAAGGAGCCCGUCUUCGACGCGGCGCGCACGUUGAAGGUCGCGCUGCGCAUCGCCAAGGGCGUCGUCGAGACGACGGCCAUCGACGCGGACCGCAUGCGCGGCGCGCUCGAGCCGGCCAUGCUCGCGACGGACCUGGCGGAGCACUUGGUGCGCGCCCACGGCGUCCCCUUCCGCGAGACGCACCACGUCGCCGGCGCGGCCGUGCGCCUCGCCGAGGCCGAGGGCACGACGCUCGCGGGGCUCACCAAGGCCCAGCUCGCGGGCCUCCACCCGGCCUUUGGGGACGACGACGACGCGACCAUCGCCGCGCUCUGGGACUUCGAGCGGUCCGCCGAGUCCCGCGACGCGGCCGGCGGCACGUCGAAGCGCGCGCAGCGGGAGCAGAUCGCCAAGCUCACGGACUGGCUCGACGCCACGGAGGCCGGCGGGCCCGACGCGGCGGCCGUCGCCCUCGUCACCGACCCCUGA